AUGUUCCGAAGACUUGCCCUAACUUCUGCUGCACGUCGGAAUGCCAACAUAGACAUCUCAUUACGACUAUCUAGACGGACCGCGCAACGCUUUGCUUCGACUUCGACAGGCUCAAGCUCCUCUUCGUCCUGGUCCUCUUCGACGAUCUUUAGAUACAUCCGCACAUUCUCCACCUACAGCAGCAUCGCUGCGCUUGCUUAUUCUGUUGGCUCUCUAUACCCACCGUCAGUCGCAGCAUUCAUCUCUCCCCGCCCAGCUCCUCCGCCUCUACAUCCAGAAGACCCGAACCACAUAGCCUACGUUGCCUCACUCGAGGACGAUCUACAAAACCUACCAGUGCUGGCAGAUCACCGCACGCAAGAGAAUUCGGACGAGUGGUAUGAAACACGGCCAUAUCUCAGGAUCCCGCUGGAGCGGCGAGUGCACAGUUUGACUGGCGGUGCACUCCAUGGGCCCGGCAAGCUGGCGAUUCCACCGCUAGUGCGGGCGAAGAAGGACAACAGUGAGGCCCUGGUGUUUGUACAUGUAGGCCGUAGCCUCUGCGGCCAUGAGGGGAUUGUGCAUGGUGGGCUGCUUGCUACGCUGCUCGACGAGAGCCUUGGGCGUCAGGCACUGCUCAACCUACCUGACAAGGUUGGCGUCACGGCGUACUUGCGCUUGAACUAUCGUGCCCCCACUCGUGCGGAUCAGUUCCUUGUCCUCCGAACGCGUCUUGUCGAAGCGAAGGGACGCAAGUCCAACGUAGCAGGCGUUAUCGAAGACAUGGAGGGCACGCCGCUGGUGGAGGCAGAGGCAUUGUUCAUCCAGCCAAAAUAUGCUAAGGUGCUCGACACGCGGAGGUUGCGCGAGAUGCUCGGCGAGCCAGACGACUCACCAGUGCCCAUCACUGAAGGCACUGUCGCUCCUGCACCUGUUCCCGUUCCAGGUGGCGCUCCUGCUGUUGUGGUGCCAGCAUGA